AUGCAUCACCUGGGGAUUCUCUUCCUCAUCCUGGCUUUCUGCACCGUUUCCUCUGCUUCGGCGGCUAGUCAUGGCGAGAUCUCCUACGCCGAGCACUGCGGGGACACCGUCCCGGAAUCAGAAGCUACCGCCCUCGUCGUCAAGCACUUCGACCACAUCUCCUUCCGUAAUGGGUAUUUCUCUGGCGGCGCCGGCCUCUUUAGCCAGGUAGACACCUCCGCGGUGUUCGCCCCGCCCUCCGUCAACUUCCGGACCAAGUCCCUGCACAAGACCAAGAAGAAUGGCACCUUCCGGAUCCAGGCAGCCAUGACGCUCAUCGGCGCCUCCCAGAACCGGACGCAGCGCAGCCUGCGCAGGAGGCGUUCCCAUCGCUCGCCCCACGCAGUCGUGGAAGAAGCCACCUUCGACGACCUCGCCGGCUUCUGGUCCGAAUCCACCGGCAAAGUUUGCAUGGUCGGCCGUGGUGUCUACAGCGACGCCAAAGGCAAAUCCCUUCUUCUCUCCGCUGUCCUGAUCCUGAAUUUUCCCACGGUUUCCAACUUGAACACCAGCUUGAUUGACGGCGAAGUAGAGAUUUUGAACCGCGUCGGUGCGCCCAGCAACUUCAGUUCCAUCAAGGUUUUAGCUUAUUACGCCCCAAACCCCUAUCACUUCACCAUCUUCCCACAAGCCACCAGUUCAUGUCCCACCGUCAAAAUUGAUCAGGAAGACUCAUUAGAAAUCGAACCUGCCAUAGCUUGCGCUUUCCUCUCUGCUCGGGUGUUCAGAAUAGACUACAAGAACAGCGCUGACUGCCCCGAGGGCAGUUGUAGACCGUUAGGCAAAAGCCUGGGAUUCACCCCUCGAUUCCUUUCUUUGAACCGGGUCUUUUGCCUAGAGAAUGGUUCCAUAAAUUUCAACCUUUACUUCUCCAACUCCAGUAGCUAUUCAUACGAUAUGCCUAUGAGGCCUGAAAGGUCCUUGGUUGGUGAAGCAUACUGGGAUCGCCAGAGGAAGCAGUUCUGUUUGCUAGCUUGUCGUGUGAUCAACGCAGAUUUGCCGGAGCAUCCCCAUGUGGGUGCCUGCGACGUCGGACUCACUCUGUGGUUCCCGACGGUCAUGACACUGAAAGAAAGAAGCGGCGUCGUGGGUCGCAUCUGGAGCAACAAGGACAAGAAAGAUGUGGAGUACUUUGACAUGGCCUCUAUCCAUAGUCUCAACGAUGGCUGGAACAGGAUUCAUGGUCUGAAGUACAAUUACACCGAAGUGGAUUCGGUUCGAAAUUCUUGUAGCAAUGGGAUAGCAACCUCCUCUAAGUCUGGUCAUCAAGUAUAUCCAGGUCCAAAAUCAUUGGGUGGCGUGAGAUUAGAUAUAAACAUGAAGGAUUCUAAAGGAAAACGGACGUGGAGGGAAGCCAAUUUCUUGUCAGUAGGAGACUCUGUUUUUGAAUAUGAUUACAGAAGGACGUCAGACAUCAGAAGCUCGGGUGCCGCUGACACAAGUAUCCGGAACGUAGGCUUUGAAAUAACCAACAGAUGGAAUCCUUUUGAUGAUGACGACUUCGAAAUAAACGAGCUUGCAGCUGAAGGUGUGUACGACUCUGCAACUGGAAGAAUAUGCAUGAAAGGAUAUCGAUACCCGAAGCAGCUAGGCCAGAAUGACACCCUGGAUUAUGAGUCCAUCGACUGUGAAAUAUUGAUCAGUAUCCAGUUGGCUCCGAUUGAUGAAGAUGAUGAGGUCCGCCUCGAUGGAACGAUCAAUAGCACGAGGAUUCAGUCUCAGCCUCUUUAUUUCGAUACCAUAAAUAUUUCAUCCAGUAACAAUAUGGGAGGACGCGAAAUAGAUCGAUCUGUUUGGAGAAUGGAUGCGGAACUUAUCAUGGUUAUUAUCACUCUAACGUUUUCUUGCAUUUGUAUCGCGCUGCAGAUCUUCCAUGUCAAGAAGCAGCCGCACAUUCUUCCCUCCGUGUCCAUCACAAUGCUGCUUGUGCUUGUCCUGGGCUACACAAUCCCUCUGGUGCUGAACGUCGAAGCGUUGUUGUUCACGAACCAGACGAACGGGUCAGCUAUGCUUCUGCGGAGGAGGAGCAGGUGGAUUUCUGCUAAUGAAGUGAUCGUGAGGAUGAUAUCGAUAGUAGCUUUGUUCUUGUCCUUGCGCUUGGCUCAGUUGGCAUGGUCAUCGAGAUCAUCAGCAGCGGAAGACAACAGAAAACUAUGGGUUCAAGAGAGGCGUGCGCUCAAAUGGUGCUUGCCUCUGUACGCUGCAGGGGCGCUGCUCGCGUGGCUUCGGUCGUCCGAGUGGGCGGUUUUGAUAUCUUACUCUGGUUUUGUGCUCGAUGGAUUCUUGCUUCCUCAAAUCGUCUUCAACAUGGCUCAGCAGUCCAAAGGGAAAGUCCUUACGCCAUUCUUCUACGUGGGGAUCGUGGUGACUCGAGCAUUGCCUCACUUGUAUGAUGUAUACCGAUCUCGAAGCUACGUUGCUAUACAUUCGACCAACAUUUACGGAAGUGAAGAAUGGGACUUUUACUCCACGGCGUGGGACAUCAUCAUUCCUUGCGAAGGAUUGCUGUUGGCUUCGAUCGUAUACCUGCAACAACGGCUUGGCGGUGAAUGCUUGGUUCCCAAGAGACUUAGAAUGCGUGUCUAUCAGUAUGAAGAAGUGACUGGUGCUACUAUCUAAAAGUGUGCUAGUGAUUUUACCUUCUUUUUGUGUGUUAUGAAAGUUGUUUUACGUGAUACGUGAUAUUACCCUGGUAGCCAGUAGAUACUUCAACUGUCAUAUGUUAUCUUGUGUUUUGUAACGGUUCUGUUGUCGCAUGGUCAAAGUACA